AUGCGCUGCGCCGCCGUCCUGGCGCUCCUGCUCUGCGCCGGGCAAGUCACUGCCCUCCCUGUCAACAGCCCUAUGAAUAAAGGGGACACGGAGGUCAUGAAGUGCAUCGUCGAGGUCAUCUCCGACACCCUGUCCAAGCCCAGCCCCACACCCGUCAGCCGGGAGUGUUUGGAGACUCUCAGAGGAGAUGAGCGGAUCCUGUCCAUCCUGCGGCACCAGAAUUUACUGAAGGAGCUCCAAGACCUUGCUCUCCAAGGGGCCAAGGAGAGGGCGCAGCAGCACAAGAAGCACCGCAGCUUCGAGGAGGAGCUCUCGGAGGUCCUCGAGAGCCAGAGCGGCGAGGCCAAGCCCCAAGAGGUGACAGAAGAACCAUCCUCAAAAGGUGCUGCAGAGAGAAGAGAUGCCCAAGAGGCAGAGCCGAGCCCCGAGGCCCCAGACACAGCCAGGCCCCGGGCCUUCCCUGAGCCUGGGCAGGGGGACAGCCAGGCCCCGGGGGAGGAGGCCCCUAACACUCAGCCACCAGCCAGCCUCGCAGGCCACAGGCGCUCGGGCCCGCAGGCUGUGGGGGACGGUGAGGGCCCCUCCCAGGGCCUGAGUGCAGAACCAGGGUCGCAGACAGAGGGGGAAGAGGAGGAGGCSGCAGAAAAGGCUUCCCCGGAGGAGGAAGGCCCCACUGCAGCAUCUGAGCCCCCACAGAGCCUCGGCUACAAGGAGACACGGAAAGACGAGAGUCGGUCUGCGGCUCUAGUGGUGGAUGGAGGCCCGAAGCCGGGGGCUGAGGAGGCCCGGCCCCCCGAGGGCAGGGGAGAGCGGCCCAGGCAGGAGGAGCAGGAGGAGGAGGACACGGCAGGGGCCCCCCGAGGCCAGGCCGGGAAGAGCGGGGAGCAGGAGCCGCGGCCCUCCAGGGAGUGGGAGGAGGCCCCUCGGUGGAGCAAGAUGGACCAGCUGGCCCAGGAGCUGACGGCAGGGAAGCGGCUGGACGGGGAGGAUGAGGAGGAUGACCCCGGCCCCGACCCCGACCGCUCCAUGAAGCUCUCCUUCCGGGCCCGGGCCUUUGGCCCCAGGGGGCCUGGCCUGCAGCUGCGCCGAGGCUGGAGGCCAUCCUCCCCGGAGGACAGUGUGGAGGCGGGCUUGCCCCUGCAGGCCCGAGGCUACCCCGAGGAGAAGAAGGAGGAGGAGGGCAGCGCCAACCGCAGGGCAGAGGACCAGGAGCUGGAGAGCCUCUCGGCCAUCGAGGCAGAGCUGGAGAGGGUGGCACACCAGCUGCAGGCACUGCGGCGGGGCUGA